GUUUUAGGAAAGGGGCGGAGCUGCAGGGGUGGUUGGCUGAGGCUGGCUCCUGCGCGGUGCAGCUGCGCACGUGUUUCAGCCGGAAGCGCCUUAAGAUUCCCGGGGAUGGAAUCCGAAAUGGAAGCGCAGAGCGCCGGGGCAGAGGAGGGCUUUACCCAGGUCACCCGCAAGGGUGGCCGACGGGCGAAGAAACGACAGGCUGAACAGCUGUCCGCAGCGGGAGAGGGCGGGGAUGCAGGCCGCAUGGACACAGAGGAGGCCAGGCCGGCGAAGAGGCCCGUCUUCCCACCCCUCUGUGGGGACGGGCUCCUGAGUGGGAAAGAAGAAACAAGGAAAAUUCCAGUCCCAGCUAACAGAUACACACCAUUGAAAGAAAACUGGAUGAAGAUAUUUACUCCUAUUGUGGAACAUUUGGGACUUCAGAUACGCUUUAACUUGAAAUCAAGGAAUGUAGAAAUCAGGACUUGUAAAGAAACCAAGGAUGUUAGUGCUCUGACAAAAGCAGCUGAUUUUGUGAAAGCUUUUAUUCUCGGCUUUCAGGUGGAGGAUGCACUUGCCCUCAUCAGGUUGGAUGACCUCUUCCUAGAGUCUUUUGAAAUUACAGAUGUUAAACCCCUAAAGGGAGACCAUCUAUCCAGGGCAAUAGGAAGAAUCGCCGGCAAAGGAGGAAAAACCAAAUUCACCAUAGAGAAUGUGACACGGACGCGGAUAGUUUUGGCUGAUGUGAAAGUUCACAUCCUUGGCUCCUUCCAAAAUAUCAAGAUGGCAAGAACUGCCAUUUGCAACCUAAUCUUGGGAAAUCCUCCUUCCAAGGUUUAUGGCAAUAUUCGAGCUGUGGCUAGCAGAUCAGCAGAUCGAUUCUGAUUUCAAGUCAGAGACUUAUCUUGCCUUUGGACUCUGGAGAAAAAUACAGUGGUCGGUCACAAGAAACCAUCUGAACAAUUUCAGUCAUUUGAAGCCUUCUUCCAUUCUCAGUCAGAAGCAUAAACAGAAAAGAAGGAUUUAAGAGUAUUCACACUCAACAGGUUUUAGGAUAAUUUAAAUAUCAAAAAUUGAUUCUAUUAUACUUACACAUUAGGUAUAAUUUAUCAUUUAUCUGAAAUCACAUGUAGCAGAUUGCAUAGUCUGUAAUCCUCUCAGAGGGAAACUUCUUGUUUAAACAGCUCUAUAUGGAUUUUUACUUUUAUAUUUAUAAAUGUAUAACUUCAUACAAAUUUAUAAGCAUUUCUUUAUAAAUUGUAAUUUAAUAGAUUGUCUCAGAAAAACCUCUCUGAAUGAUGACCCUUCCUUAAUACUGGGUGAUGUGUGAAUAUUUGUUUGUUGGCGGACAGGGUCUCACUUUGUCACCCAGGCUAGAGUGCAGUGGUGCAAUCUCAGCUCACUGCAGCCUCAGCCUCCUGAGUUCAAGUGAUCCUCCUGCUUCAGCCUCCCUAGUAGCUGGGACUACAAGUGUGCACCACCAUGCCUGGCUAAUUUUUUAUAUUUUUUGUAGAGAUGGGGUUUCGCCAUGUUGAGCAGGCUGGUCUCGAACUCCUGACCUCAAGGGAUCCGUCCGCCUCAGCCUCCCAAAGUGCUGGGAUUACAGGCGUAAGCCACUGCGCCUGGCCUUGAUGUGUGAAUAUUUGAGAGGUCAUAAGCAGUGGUUUUGGCUAUACCAUAUUAUACCAUAUACAUCAGUAAGAGCUCAUCUUGGAACCUGUUUUGCAGUUUUAAAAAUUAAAGACCUACAUCACAGGGUUGAUGUGAAGAAAGCUUUAUUUUUCAAAGGAGUAUUUAAUGAAAGUAUACAAAACCAAUGUUGGGUAUAUAGACGCUUCUCAACUUAUGAUGGGUUUAGGUCCAGAUAAGCCCACUGUGAGUUGAAAAUACCAAAAAUCGAACAUCAUAGCUUAGCCUACCUUAAAAGGGCUCCGAACACUACAUAAGCCUACAGUUGGGCAAAAUCGUCUAAUACAAAGCCUACUUUAUAAUAAAGUAUGUUGAAUGUCUCACGUAAUUUUUGAAGAUUACAUUGAAAGUGAAAAACUGAAUGGUUGGGUACUUGAAAUACAGCUUCUACUGAAUGAGUAAUUCUAAAGUUGAAAAAUAGUAAGAACCAUCAUAAGUCUGUUUCUUCUAGUACAGGUGAAAUGAUGAAAGAAUGCUUUUUUCCCACCCAAAAAACUAUGUUCUAUAAAUGCAGACUAGCUAGUUUCUGCCUGUUUAAAUAGUAUUAUUUUAUACAUUACAAAAUGGAAGGAACUUACUUUAUUAAACUUAACUUUGAUACUUC